CUUCUUGUACCCGUGCAGUGGGGAGCCAGCUACCUCCUCCUCAGUGCCACCUGCUGGGGGUCGCUGCUGGCGGUGGAAGUCUUAUAGCCCAGGCUUCUCUUCCAAAGAAGGGAACUCCACCUUCUUUUUCCUAUUCCUGAUCCCCAGUCAACGAAGCAACUGUUGUUCCCUUAUUCCUUCCCCUGCCAUUGAUGGGCUGGUCCGUUUUUUUGUUUGUUUUUGCUUUUGUUUGGCGGGGAGAGGAGGGGAGUUUGGUCUUAGUUUGAGAAGCAGAACACUUCUGGGGUUCAUUUCUGAUGGGCUCCAUGAGCUGGGAGCCUCCCCGGCCUGAUAUGAAAAGGGAAUCUCCUUCUGAGGGCUUUUGUAAGGGAGCUGCCCGGUGACCCCCAACACCCAUCACUUUCUGUUGGCCGGUUAACAGGCCCUGGGCAUCCAUGUUUGCCUGAGCUUUCUCUGUCCGGGGAGCCCUGGCAGAGUUCUCUCCCCCCUUUCUCCCCAGUCAUUAGGAGCAAUGUUCACUGCCCUUUCCCAAACACAGUGUUCUUUUAUAAAGCCCUGUGGCCCGCGGCCCGGCCCCCAGUAUCUCCCAUGAGGGCCCCGGGAUCUCCCAGCUCUCCUUCCAUUUCCUUCUGAAUGUCACUGUCGAUUGCCAUCGGUGGAGACAAAGGAGCUGUGCUCCUCGGCUUUGUUUAUCCAGUUUUCUUCUCUGAAGGUGAGGAUGUGGAGGCGACUUCUGAAAGCACGCUAAUGUGGACCCAUUGCCUCCUCCUCACAGAAGAGGCCUACCUCAAAUUACAGUAAUUACAGCUCAUUGAAUUAAGCCGGCUGGCGCGUUUCUGCCGCUGCCUUUUUGUUUGUUUUGGUUUGGGGCUGGGGAUUUUUUCCAGUUGCUUAAAGCAUCAGGCUAUGGAGAGCCCGUCAUAUCACAGUGUGGAGUUUAAGACAAUUCUGGUUCUGGGCCUCCACGACCAGAACACCGCAGAGUCCGGUUGGGCAGCCAGGACUUAACCCAGCUUAGAUUCCUCGGGGUGUCACUUGAAUCAGCUCGGUCGGUGUCCUCUAAGGCAGAAGAGAGAGCAGACAGCCUGGGGGAGCAGUACUACCGAGAUGCCAUGGAGCAGUGCCACAAUUACAACGCUCGCCUGUGUGCCGAGCGGAGCGUGCGCCUGCCCUUCCUGGACUCCCAGACUGGAGUGGCCCAGAGCAACUGUUACAUUUGGAUGGAGAAACGACACCGGGGGCCAGGGCUGGCCUCAGGGCAGUUGUACUCUUAUCCUGCCCGGCGUUGGCGGAAAAAGCGCCGAGCCCACCCUCCUGAAGACCCCCGACUCACCUUCCCAUCCAUCAAGCCAGAUACAGACCAGACCCUGAAGAAGGAAGGACUGAUCUCCCAGGACGGAAGCAGCUUGGAGGCCCUGCUGCGCACCGACCCCCUUGAGAAGCGGGGUGCCCCCAAUCCCCAGGCGGAUGAUGACAGCCUGGGGGAGUUCCCGGUUACUAACAGCCGGGCAAGGAAGCGGAUCCUGGAGCCUGAGGACUUUCUGGAUGAUCUGGACGAUGAGGACUACGAGGAAGAUACGCCCAAGCGUCGGGGCAAGGGCAAGGCCAAGGGCAAAGGCGUGAGCAACGCCCGUAAGAAGCUGGACGCCGCCAUCCUGGAGGAUCGGGACAAACCCUACGCGUGUGACAUCUGUGGGAAGCGUUACAAGAACCGUCCGGGCCUCAGUUACCACUACGCUCACUCCCACCUGGCCGAGGAGGAGGGCGAAGACAAGGAAGACUCUCAGCCUCCCACCCCCGUGUCCCAGAGGUCUGAGGAGCAGAAAUCCAAGAAGGGCCCUGAUGGCCUGGCCCUGCCCAACAACUACUGCGACUUCUGUCUGGGAGACUCCAAGAUCAACAAGAAGACGGGCCAGCCCGAGGAGCUGGUGUCCUGCUCCGACUGCGGCCGCUCGGGGCACCCAUCCUGCCUCCAGUUCACCCCUGUCAUGAUGGCUGCCGUGAAGACCUACCGCUGGCAGUGCAUCGAGUGUAAAUGCUGCAACCUCUGCGGCACCUCGGAGAAUGACGACCAGCUGCUCUUCUGUGACGACUGCGAUCGUGGCUACCAUAUGUACUGUCUCACCCCCUCGAUGUCGGAGCCACCUGAAGGGAGCUGGAGUUGCCAUUUGUGUCUGGACCUGCUAAAGGAGAAGGCUUCCAUCUACCAGAACCAGCACUCUUCUUGAUGUGGCCGGGAGCCCAGGCACCCCCAAUCCCCUCCUGCGUCCAGGGCUGUCUUUCAAACCUCUCUCGUUUUCCAGUUCCUCCUCUCCCGUCCUCCCCUUUGGCAGGCCAAGGGAGGGUGGUGCCAGGUUGUCUGGGGCAGCAGGCAGGCUGAACUGGCAGCUGACACUGUGGAUCCCCCCGUCUGGCCCCAGCCCCUCCUGAAGGUGGGGGAGACAGGCUGCCCCUGGGAAGAGACAGGCCCUGGCUUCUCCUCACUCCUUUGCUCUCCAUAAAGUGCAUUCACUCUGCCUGCCUUGGGCCCAGGCCCUGGUUCUCACAGGGUUCAGCUCUGCCCUCCACACCGGAGCAGGAGGGCAGCUCACUUCUUUCCCAGCUCUGCCCACUCUGCCCCUAGGGUUUGCCCUCCCUCCUUUCUGAGGGCAUCCAGGAGGGGCUGCAUGAGCUGGGCAAGCCUGGGGCACUCUCUGGCUCUCCCCUGCCUCUCCACUUUGCCCCCCCCCGCCCCUGCAGGGAGGCUCUCCGUGGCGCUGUGUGCCUGCUGCCGAAGGGCACCUGGGGCAGGGCAUGAUGCACUCGGGCACCCCAGCCCCUUGGUGCUGCCGUAGCCGCAGCCUGACUCCUCCCUCCCAGCUCAUCUUCCAUAGCCCUCUUUAGUGGCAAAAGUGAUUCUCUACCUUGUGCGUCCACUCUCUUUCCUCAAUUCCCCUUCUCCUUGUUCUUCUUUUGUUUUGUGGGGAGAAGGGAAGCAUCAGGGGGCCAUCCAAGCAGUGUGGGGGCCAGAGGGAGAAGUUGGAUAAUGUGCCUGUUUUUUAACUCUACUUCAAGCCUACCUCCAAAAUCCCCUUUCUGUUCUUCCUCCUCCUUACCUGGGCCUUCAGCCUUCUGCCCUCAAUGGAAUUGGGAGCCCCCAGGCCCCCACCCCAUGCACCCAAGCUCCUAAGUCACAGGGGGGCCCCUCGGCCAUCCCCUCCUCUCCUCGCACGCUUGCUAGCAGCUGGGAAGGCCUUGCUGCCCCUGGCUCCUCAGGCUUCUGCCAGGUGAGACUGGUAGUGGUGCGGGAGCAGUGCCCCUGGGGAGCCCUUUCUGCUGGGCCUCUCUCACUGUCACUUUGGAGUUGAGGUGUGUUUUUUUAAGUUCCUGUAUUCCAGACAUUAGUACAAUAAACAUUUUUACAUGGA